CAACCCGGGCUGUGCCGAGCUGCUCCCUGCGGGAUCAGAGCGCUCCCCCGCCGGGACCCUUCUCUCACAUCCCCCUGCUGGGACGCGGCUACAUUUCCAGCCAAGCACUGCCUGCCUUGGCUUUAUUAUGUGUGUCUGCGCCGCAGCCCCGCCAGCAGAGGCAAGCAGAGGAGGAGGAGGAGGAGGAGGGAGACUGGUAGCCAGAGUCAGGACAAAGAAAAAGCAGGGAGACAGAGGCUAGCGAAGGGUUAGACUAGGAGAAAUAUCAGGCUGAUAUUAACACCGCAUUGGGAAAUAUUAACAAAAACAAAGAAAUCGGGGGGUAGUAAAAACAGUGUUCCCCCUCGGGGUGGAGAUGCAGGGGGAAGAUCGCAAUGCCCAUGCCACCAGACCACCGCCACCACUGCCUAGUGUAGAAUAGCGGGACGGAGCACGGGAGGCUGGUCCGGUCGGGUCGGGUCGGUGCUGUUUUCCUGGAGGGGGGAAGAAAGAAAGAAAAAAACAGACCCUGACUGAAAUAGUUGCGAUAAACUGCUCCAACAACAACAACAACAACAACAAAAACAAGAAAAAGCCCCGACGAAGACGCGAGGAGCGCACGGCGGGGAGGAAGAAGCCACAUUUUCAAGCCCGUUUCCAAAAAGAAUCUCUCCGUCGCCUCCUCGCUUCUCCUCUCCUCUCCUCACCGGGACCGUCACGCACCAUCGUAGCGCUCGGAAACCAAAACGGAGCUCACUGCCGCCGCCGCCGCUGCCGCCGCCGCCGCUGCUGCUGUCACUUUCCUCUCUGAUCACCGCGCCGGAGCCGCUCAGGUGUUCAGGUGUUUCCGCGCAGCCCGGUCCGCCGGUCGCUGGAGCUGACGGACGGACGGACUGACGGCGGAGUCUGUGUGCCGGGGAGGAAACGUCAAGGAACCAAAAAAAAAAAAAAAAAACACAACACACACACACACACACACACUCACACACACGUACACACACACACACACACACACAGGAGAGAGGCUGUUACCGUCACGGCGGCACGCUCCUAACGAAGACGAAGAAGGAGGAGGAGGAGGAGGACACAAAACGGGAAGUUGUUCCGUUAAUUCUACAGGUUGCCCGAGUCCAAGCGACCCCGCUGGAGUUUAUUUUGCGCUCCGAGGAUCCGCGCGUCGCCUCCGGCCGGCGCCUCUCUCUCUCUCUCUCUCUCCCGGUGCCGCUCGGUUGUAGUUGUCGCUGGACUAAAGACUCGAGCUGCCGCAUUGCAACAGGCGAAGAGACAGGCGGCGAAGUGGAGGAGGAGGAGGAGGAAAGAUAAGCCCAACAGUGUCCGCCUGUAUGGUUAGCUGAAAACACGGAACGGAGCAAAAACAAUUAGAGAAUAGAUUAAAAAAAAAAAGAAGAAGAAAGAAAGAAAGAAAGAAAGAAAGGGGAAACAACAACCACAACAGCUGAGACGCAGAGAUGUCGAGGCGAAAACAGGCCAAACCGCGCUCCGUUAAAGCGGUUGAAGAGGGGGAAUCUUCAGAGUGCGGAGGGACCUGGGAUGAAUCGACUGUCCAGACAGAAGUCCCCGGGUCUGACAGAGAGGCGGAGUCCAAAGAGCGGCGGGCGGCGGGCGUCGAGGACGGCGACCACGACGAGCACGACGACCACGAGGACGACCUGGACGACGAGUCCAUCUUCACCUGCGACAACUGCCAGCAGGACUUCGACUGCCUGGCCGAGCUGACCGAGCACAGAACCAACCACUGCCCUGCCGACGGCGAUGACGACCCGGCGGGGCUGUCCUGGGUGCCCUCCUCGCCCUCCAGCAAAGACGUGGCGUCGCCCUCCCAGAUGCCCGACGGCUGCUGCGACCUCGGCAUGGGCACCGGCGGCGAGGAGGAGGGAGGCGCCGGCCUGCCGUACCCCUGCCAGUUCUGCGACAAGUCCUUCAGCCGUCUGAGUUACCUGAAGCGGCACGAGCAGAUCCACAGUGACAAGCUGCCGUUCAAAUGCACCUUCUGCAGCCGCCUGUUCAAACACAAGAGGAGCCGAGACCGCCACGUCAAGCUCCACACAGGCGAUAAGAAGUACAGCUGUCAGGAGUGUGAGGCGGCCUUCUCCCGGUCAGAUCAUCUGAAGAUCCAUCUCAAGACACACAGGUGCUCCAGCAAGCCGUUUAAGUGCAGUGUGUGUAAACGCGGUUUCUCCUCCACCUCAUCACUACAGAGCCACAUGCAGGCUCACCGCAAGAACAGAGAGCACCUAGCGCUGAGGAGCGAGCGGGACGGGGGGAAGAAGGGCGGAGGCGUGGAGGGCGACCUGGAGCAGGACCUGUACAUGUGCGAUUACUGCGAGGAGACGUUCAGCCAGACGGACGAGCUGGAGAAACACGUCCUGACCAGACACCCGCAGCUGUCCGACCGAGCCGACCUGCAGUGCAUCCACUGUCCUGAGAUCUUCCUCGACGAGUCCUCGCUGCUCACGCACAUCGAGACCCAGCACGCCAACCGCAAACACAAAUGCCCUGUCUGCUCAGAGCAGUUCCCCUCGGUGGAGGACGUCUACUGCCACCUCGACAGCCACCGCCAGCCCGACUCCUCCAACCACAGCGCCGCCAGCCCCGACCCCGCCCUGGGCAGCGUGGCCUCCAUGAGCUCGGCCACUCCGGACUCCAGCGCCAGCCUGGAGAGAGGCUCCACGCCCGACUCCACCCUGAAGCCCAGCCAGGGCAGCGAACGAGGCCGCAGGAGAGGAGCCGACGCCGGGGAGGAGCUGGGCCUGAGCCUGGGUCACCACGCCGGAGGUGGAGGUGGGAGCUGGGGCAAAGUGACCUACUCCUGCCCUUACUGCUCCAAGAGGGACUUCCACAGCCUGGCGGUGCUGGAGAUCCACCUGAAGACCAUCCACGCCGACAAGCCGCAGCAGAGCCACACCUGCCAGCUCUGCCUGGAGAACCUGCCCACGCUCUACAACCUCAACGAGCACGUGCGUAAGGCGCACCGUGCCGGCGGGGGCGCCGUCGGUGCGGCGCCGGCGUUCCCCCUGCUGCAGUUCACCAACGUGUCGGCGUUCCACUGUAACUACUGCCCCGACAUGUUUGGAGACAUCAACUCUCUGCAGGAGCACAUCAGAGUGUCCCACUGCCUGCCGGGCGGCAUCGUGGCCGGAUCCACCACAUUAGAGGGGAACCACGCCUUCUUCUGUAACCAGUGCUCCAUGGGCUUCCUGACGGAGUCGUCACUGACGGAGCACAUCCAGCAGACCCACUGCAGCUCCGCCGCAGGGGCUGCGUCCGGAGGAGCCGUGGCCAAGCUGGAGUCCCCCGUGCUGCAGGCGGCGUCCCAGUCCUUCAUGGAGGUUUACUCCUGCCCUUACUGCACCAACUCUCCCAUCUUUGGCUCACUCCUCAAGCUCACCAAGCACAUAAAGGAGAACCACAAGAACAUCCCGCUGGCUAACAACAAACGCCAGGCCAAGGUCGCCGACCUAAGCCCCGCCUCCUCCGACGUCGAGAUCUCCUCCCCGAAACGCCACAGGCUGGGCGGCGACUCCACCCCCUCCAUGGGGACCAACGGGGACUACCCGUGCAACCAGUGCGACCUGCGCUUCAGCAGCUUUGAGGGUUUCCAGGCCCACCUCAAGUCACACCUGGAGAUGCUGCUGAGGCGCCAGUCCUGCCCCCAGUGCAGCAAGGAGGACUUUGAAUCCCAGGAGGCCUUGCUGCAGCACCUGACCGUGCACUACACCACCACGUCCACCCAGUACGUGUGCGAGAGCUGCGACAAGCAGUUCUCCUCGGUGGACGACCUGCAGAAACACCUGCUGGACAUGCACACCUUUGUCCUGUACCACUGCACUCUGUGCCAGGAGGUGUUCGACUCCAAGGUCUCCAUACAGGUCCACUUGGCGGUGAAGCACAGCAACGAGAAGAAGAUGUUUCGCUGCACGGCCUGCGCCUGGGACUUCAGGAAGGAGUCGGACCUCCAGCUCCACGUCAAACACAACCACCUGGGCCAGAGCUCAGGCCUGCCAGGGGGGCUCGGCACAGGCCUGAAGCCGAGGAAGUGCAUCUUCUGCGGGGAGACGUUCGGCACCGAGGUGGAGCUGCAGUGCCACAUCACCACGCACAGCAAGAAGUUCAACUGCCGCUUCUGCGGGAAGGCCUUCCACGCCAUCACCCUGCUGGAGCGGCACCUGAGGGAGAAGCACUGCGUCUUCGAUGGCGGCAGCAUCACCGGCAACGGCGGGGGCGCGGCGAGCGUCGGGAGCCAGAACGGGACGCCCAACGGGCUGGCGCAGUCCUCCAAGCGGGGAGGAGGAGGCGGCGGCGGCGGCGGCGGAGGGAACGGCGGCGCAGGAGGCGUGGAAAGGUCGACGGCGGCGGUCGCUGAGCAAGCCGACCUCCAGAACAUGCUGCUGAAGACCGGGGUCGUGGGAGGAGGCGGCGGCGGCGGCCAGGGCGGAGACACGGCCAACAGCCACGAAGCGAGCGGCGGGGAGGAGGAGCUGGACAACUCGGAGCCCAUGUACGCCUGCGACAUCUGCGGAGCGGCCUACACCAUGGAGUCCCUGCUGCAGAACCACCGACUCCGCGACCACAACAUCCGGCCAGGAGAAGACGACGCCUGUUCUCGCAAGAAGAAGGCCGACUUCAUCAAGGGGAACCACAAGUGCAACGUGUGCUCGAGAACGUUCUUCUCUGAGAACGGCCUCCGUGAGCACGCGCAGACGCACCGCGGCCCGGCCAAACACUACAUGUGUCCCAUAUGUGGCGAGCGCUUCCCCUCCCUGCUGACCCUCACCGAACACAAGGUCACCCACAGUAAGAGCCUGGACACGGGAACCUGUCGGAUCUGUAAGAUGCCCCUGCAGAGCGAGGAGGAGUUCAUAGAGCACUGCCAGAUGCACCCCGACCUCCGCAACUCCCUCACCGGCUUCCGCUGCGUCGUUUGCAUGCAGACCGUCACCUCCACGCUGGAGCUGAAGAUCCACGGCACCUUCCACAUGCAGAAGCUCUCCACCGGCCCGGCUCUGGGAGGAGUCGUCGGAGGAGGAGGAGGAGGAGGAGGAGGGAACGGCGGAGGAGUGGCGGGAGGGAACGGCUCGGCCUCGUCGUCCCCCAACGGCCAGCUGCAGCACCACAAGCUGUACAAGUGCGCCUUGUGUCUGAAGGAGUUCAAGAACAAAGGGGAGCUGGUGAAGCUGGACGUCAACGGCCUGCCUUACGGCCUCUGUGCCGGCUGCAUGAGCAGGGGCACGAACGGCCAGAGCCCCAGUCAGGGAGGGGCCACCACCCCGGGCGAGGCCCAGGGGGAGAAGGCCGCGGCCGGGCUGAGGUGUCCGGAGUGCGGGGUGAAGUUCGAGAGCCUGGAGGACCUGGAGGGCCACGUGCAGACGGACCACCCCGAGAUCAGCCCCGAAACCAGCGCGGCAGGGAAGAAGGCGGAGGCAUCGCCUGCGCCGAAGAAAAAGACCUACCAGUGUAUUAAAUGCCAAAUGACGUUCGAGACGGAGAGAGAGAUCCAGAUUCACGUCGCCAAUCACAUGAUCGAGGAGGGCAUCAAUCACGAGUGCAAGCUGUGUAACCAGAUGUUUGAUUCACCUGCCAAGCUGCUUUGCCACCUGAUAGAGCACAGCUUCGAAGGCAUGGGAGGUACCUUCAAGUGUCCCGUCUGCUUCACAGUGUUUGUGCAGGCCAACAAGCUCCAGCAGCACAUCUUCGCCGUCCACGGCCAAGAGGACAAGAUCUACGACUGUUCCCAGUGUCCCCAGAAGUUCUUCUUUCAGACCGAGCUACAGAACCACACACUGAGUCAGCACGCGCAGUGAGACCGAGGCCCGGCAGGAUCUUUCGGCUCAGCCGGGGCCCCCGACCCGCAGCCGGCAGGGGACCCCCAUCUCCACAUCACAGCCAAUCAAAGUGUCAUUUGCUACUCACAUGUAAAACUCUAACGAUCGCGCCACCGGGCGCGGCUAUUAGGAGCAGCGGGGGAAAGGAAUAUUAAUGGGAUAUGCUAUUAAAAAAAGGAAAGGAAAAAGGGGGCGAGAGAAACGGUAAGAGAAGAGAUAGAUGAAGGAGAGAGAGAGGAGUGAAAAAAGGUAUUGUACGUGCAGUAUUUUUUAUUGUCCCGACACCCCCCGCCCCCCCCCCACACACCUCCUCCCUCCUCCUCCUCCCCCUCUGCUUUCCUCUCCUCCCACCCACCACUCCCCAGGUCAUGCGUUUUAUUUUUUUUAACAAAGAGAAAAGAAAAAAAGAAAGAAAGCACCCUUUGUUUUGGGGAUUUUUUUUAUAGAUUGUAGGAAAAAAAAGCUUCACUCCCCCCUCGUCCCCUCAGUUGCUUAUUGUAUUCAACUUCAUAGGUGCCAAUUUCUUUAUUGUUUUUUCUUUCUGCCAUAUGCGCGCUUAUUUUCUUCUUCGUUUUUUCAUUUUUUUUUGUACCUUUCAUUUCUCGCCGUAAGUAGGUACUCGUGCCGUGUCGUGAUUGUUUGUUUGCCAGUCGUAAUAUUCCUCAGUCCCCCCCCCCACCCCCCCAACUCUCCUUUUUAUGAUUAUUGUUAUAUAUAUUUUUUUCCUUUUUGUAAUUACUAUGAAAAAAGACAUCAAACAAAAUAAAGUGCAGAAAAGCAUACAGAUGUUUUUUUUUUUGUUUUUUUUUUCUUGGAUUGGGUUUUCCAGUCUCUAUGGGGCCUAUAAUGGUUAUUGUAAAAAAAUGAAUAUCAUCGAUUUCAGUGCGUCUGGUCAAUGACUGCUUUUUAAAUGUGAAUUAACCAGAUUGCAAUAAUCUAGUACAGACAAAAAAAAAAAAAGAUAAAACGA